AUGGCAGACAUGGAGGUGAUUUUGGAGCAAAUUUUUGGAGAAACGUCACUGGAAAACGCAGAGAGCCCUUCUAUGCAAGAUGAUGAAAACAUCAACGGUGACGCGCAUGUAGGUCAACAGUCCGACAAUGAAGAAAAUGGGGCAUACGAAUGUAUACCUGAUUGUGAUGAAAGUAUUAAACCCUUACUUGGGCAACGGUUUUCGACGUUAGACGAAGGUGUUGGGUACUACAAAGAAUAUGCCGCAUUUGUAGGUUUCGAUGUCCGGAGCAGCACAGUUAAGAAGAACCGACAUGGAGAUGUAGAACUGAAGUAUUUGCUCUGUUCAAGAGAGGGGUACACAGUGACAAAGGAACAAAGGUCAACAACCACAGGGGAGGCCAACGGAGCAAAUAUAAACACACGCCGACGUGUGUCAAACAGGGUUGGGUGUAUGGCUCGGUGUGCCCUGAAACGUCUAAAAGACGGGCAUUACGCAAUUAAUGUGUUGAUUGAAACUCAUAAACAUCGUUUAUGUGACAAAGAGGCAAAAAAGUUCCUCAAGAUAAACCGCAACUUGGGAAUCGGGCAUCAAGCAUUCAUAGCAGCAUGUGAAAAGGCUAACAUAGGGACUUCAAAAGCGUUUGAGCUAUACAACGUACUUGGCGGUGGUGUAGAUAGCGUUGGUGCUACAUGUAUUGACUUCAGGAAUUGCAGAAGGGAUGUUCAGGCGCAAGUACACGAUGCCGAUGCACAAUCAAUUAUAGAGAAGUACACGAAGAAAAAAACGUUGUUUGCUACAUACACGUUUGAUUACGACGUUGAUGCCGAGCAAAAACUGUGUAGAGUGUUUUGGUGUGACCCAAUAGCAAAGCAGAAUUACCUUCAGUUUGGGGAAAUGGUUUCAUUUGAUNGUGGCAAAGAUACCCGUGGCAAGCACUUGCCACCGCCCCUGGAAUUCAAGAUGGAGAUUAUAUUAUUUAAGGUAUAUGGCAAAGUAACCAUCACUAACGGGCACAUAGUUGAAGGUAAACAAUAG